UAAGAUACUUGAUUCAUUUCCCCGCAAAUAUAAACGAAGUGGAACACUGUUUUUUUCAUGCUAAGAAGUUAGUGCCAUCGUGCCUGGUACAAUAGCAGAAGAAUAGCCCAAACACUCUACAAAGGAAGAGACGUUUUGCACACCAUGGUGGUUUUCUUUACAGACCAUCUGCGGGCCCAGGGUGCUCAAAUCUUUCCCUUGAAGCCCGAAGUGAAAGUUCCAGCGAAACCAGUCAUCAAAAGUUUGAAUAGUCUCCUACACGACAUAUAUGUGCGUUUCAUAGCACUAAGAGAUAAGGAUUUUGAGAAAUAUUACAAUGUGUUUGAAACAAUAUUUUUCAAACUGCAUGAACUGAUGAAAGAAGCAGAUCCGUAUUACAAGCAAUAUACCAGCAAUGUACUAUUUGCGGGUAGCCACUACGACAAACUACGCAUAAACAAACCCGAUGAAUUCGACAUGGAUAUCGUCAUCGGUCUGCCCGUCAACGCGGACGAAAACCCCCAAAACCCGGCUAAAAGCGACGUGGUCAUGGAGGAUAUUGCGCCUGGCUUCGUGAGGCUGAAGAUGGGGAAACAGUUCCAGAACCUGCCGAAUAGGGAUCAGAGGGAAGAUUGGGAAAUAAACCAGACGGCUUACAAAUGGUUAGACGAUGACAACUACCUGCUGCGCUCACAGUUCAUGUACUGGUUCAAGAGUGUGGUCGACAAGGCCAUGAACCUCUUUGAUCAGGACGAGUACGGUGAGCCCUAUAUGGACGUUGAGGGGACUAAGUACACCCUCCGCCUAUCUGCCAGUGGCCCGGCCUACACGCUCAUUAUCGAGGACAAAAAUAGCGGGUUCCGUCUGGACGUGGACCUGGUCCCGGCCCUCAAGUUUCCUGAGGAUCGCUGGCCUAUCACCAAGAAAUAUAGAAGGAUACCCAAGCGUUGCAAGAAAGAUUUCUUCAUGGUGGUGCCGAAACCCUUGAAGGGCGGCCGCAGCCCGUUCGACUCGGACCGCUCCUGGCGCCUGGCCAUGCAUAUACAGGAGAAGGACCUCAUGUACGACACCUGUCAUAUGAAGCAGGUCAUACGACUGAUAAAGAAGCUCCGUGACUCCCUAGGGAUGGACAAAAUCGCAAGCUACUACAUCAAGACCAUAUUCUACCACGAGGCCAUCGAACGAGAGCACGAUGAAGAUUUCUGGAGUAGAAACAGCCCUGCUGAUCUCUUCAUACACAUGGUCAAGAAGUUUCUACAAUACCUGGAAAUGAAGAACAUUCCAUACUUCUGGAACCCAGAAAAUAAUCUGAUAGAACACAUUAAUGACUCGACUUUAACCAGCUACGCUAAUCAGCUGAAGCAACUUGUUAAGGUUUUGGAUAAUUUGGAUGAUCCGUCGAACUAUAAGAAGGUUGCGAAGUUUUUGUUGACGAAGAGUCAAUUUGAGUUGUACAGGAAGAAAAUACUGCGCAUAUAAUUGCUAUACGCUUCGCAACGCAAGUCUU